AUGGGAUCCAUUGCAGUCGAAACACGCCAGCCGGCGCGAGCAUAUCCACCGGGAGUUCAUGUCCCGUCUCUGACUUGGUUCAAAGACGACGAUGUACAGACCAUUGACUGGGAGGUCCAGACGAGCCAUCUGAAAUUUUUGAUCCAAUCCGGCCUUCACGGAGUUGUGAUCGCAGGCACCAAUGGAGAAGGCAAGCAUCUACCUGCAACACUGAAAUUGGAUGAGAAGUUGGAGCUUGUCCGCCGGACAAGACAAAUCGCCCAGUCAGUAGGACGACCAGAUCUGCCAAUUACGGUCGGAUGUAACGGUGGAUGCACUUUGGCGGUUGUGGAGGAGACUCAGGCGGCAAAGGCAGCUGGAGCAGAUUUUGCUUUGGUGCUUGUACCGAGCUAUUUCCACUUCGCCAUGGAUGACAACGCUAUCAACGAGUUCUUCCUGGAAGUGGCCGACAAAUCGCCCAUUCCAAUCGUCAUCUACAACUUUCCUGGCGUUGUCAGCGGGCUUGACGUCAACAGUGAAAUGCUGGACGUUCUAGGCGAUCACCCCAACAUUGUCGGCGUCAAGUUGACAUGUGGUGGAAUCGCCAAAGUGGCCAGGGCGAGCGCUAAGUUUGGUGUAUUUGGUGAUGAGAACGAGAACGGGACGUUCAGAGCUUUGGCAGGUCAGAGUGACUGGUUGGUGCCCGCGCUCGCUGCCGGAGGUGCAGGUUGUAUCACCGGAGUUGCCAAUCUAUACCCGAAGGCUUGCAUCGAAAUGUACGAUCUUUGGAAUGCAGGAAAAGUUCAACAAGCCUGUCGUCUACAGAAUGAGAUUGCAAAGUCUGAGAUCGGGUUUGGCAAAGGGGGAAUCAAUGGCACCAAAUGGGUGGUAGGAGCUCUCCUUGGCUACCCAGAGUCAUCUUCGCAUUGCCGACGACCAUACCCAAAGUUUUCAGAUGAUAAAAAGAAGGCGUGGGUUUUGGGGAAAGUCAAACUAUGUGGUCAGAUCGAAAUCGAUUUGAGUCAAAGAUGA